AACGGUCAACGGUCCGGGCUCUGCUCGGCUCCGGGACACGGAGAGAGCGAGAGCGGGCGGCGGGAGAGUCGUCGUCGUCGGCCCUCACCUCACCUCACCCUCCGUCCCUCCCUCCCCCCGCUCCAGGCGGGACGAUCAGCACGAUAAAGGAGGAGGAGGAGAAUGAGUAGAAGUUACGGCAGAGCGGGCUCGCUGAGGGGCUUGGACAUGGUGGCGGUGGAGGUGAAGAGUAAGUUUGGAGCUGAAUUCCGAAGAUUCUCGUUGUGCCGGUACAAGCCUGGAAAGUUUGAUGAAUUCUACAACCUAAUUCUUCAUACGCAUAACAUCUCCAACAUGGAUGUAUUAAUUGGAUAUGCUGAUGUUCAUGGUGACCUGCUUCCAAUCAACAACAAUGACAACUUCUAUAAAGCUAUUUCCAUGGCUAACCCAUUGCUCAGAGUUUUUGUGCAACGGAGAGAAGAGGUAGACUACGAUCUUUUUGGCACUGAUUCAUUGACAAGAAAGAAGAAACCUCUGGGAGGUCUCCGAAACGACACCCUCCGGAAGCGUGUUCACCUCAGUAUUAGCGUUCCUCAAGACUUCAGACCGGUUUCUUCCAUUAUUGACGUGGACAUUCUGCCUGAAACUCACCGGAGAGUGCGGUUGUACAAGCACGGAUGCGAGAAGCCCCUGGGAUUCUACAUUCGAGACGGCACUAGCGUGAGAGUGACCGCGCACGGCCUUGAAAAGGUUCCCGGCAUCUUCAUCUCGAGGCUGGUGCCGGGAGGUUUAGCCGAAAGCACGGGGCUCCUGGCUGUUAACGACGAAGUGCUGGAGGUGAAUGGGAUCGAGGUGAUGGGGAAAACUCUCGAUCAGGUUACAGACAUGAUGAUCGCCAACAGUCACAACCUCAUCGUCACGGUGAAGCCAGUCAACCAGAGGAACAAUGUCAUCCGCAGCAGCCGCAUGUCUGGUAGCUCUGGCCACUCCAACGACAGCACGUCCAGUCACCACAGCCUGUCGUCUGCCCACGCCAUGCACAACUACAACCCCGAGGACGAAAGCGACGAGGAAGCUGACAUUAUCAUCGAGGGGACCAACGACACGCACAGCAUUCCCUUCAAGUCGCUGCCUUCCUCCUUUGCCACUUCCCAGACGAGCGUUGGUAAUCUCAGUCAGAGACUGCAGAAGGAGCUGGCGUUCAAUGACUCCAUUCGAGAAAACAGAGCGAGCAUACUUAACACGUUGACUGCAAUCAAAGCUGAGGCGAGGCACAGUCUCGCUCUCACCAGAGGCGGCAUCGAGGAAGAUGGAACCGUGAUAACACUCUGAAAGUUCCCAUCCUGCUCGGUGUCAGCAGCCAAUAAUGGACUUUGUUGCCUUUCGCUGUCGUUUGAAUUUCUGGAAUUUUUGGGGAACAUUUCCUAUUUUUUUACUAAAAUUAGUAAUCUCCGGUUUUUCUAUGAAUUGCCUUUAACAUUUAAAGGCAACUACUACUACUCAAAUCUUGUGGGUAAAUAGGUCACAAAGCCAUAAAUUAUUUUAAAUCAUUGAAGUUUAUAAGUCGGCAUAUCGAAAAGCACAAUACCAAAUUAGUUUAAACUUUAAAAAUAAAAUCAUGGAGCUAGCCUGUGGUCAGAAAUGAUUGUUUUGCAUAAUACCACUCGUUAGAUAUGAGCAGACGUUUGUAGCAAUAAUGGAACAUUAAAUUCUUCAAACAUAGUUAUUAUUACAGCUAUUGUUCCACACACUAAUACAAUCUGGAAGUUCAUAGGUUCUAGGAGCAGUAUUGGACCAUUCGGCCCUUCAAGUCGACUCCGCCAUUCAACCAUGGCUGAUCUAUCUUUCCCUCUCAACCCCAUUCCCCUGCCAUCUCCCCAUAAUCCCGGAGACCCAUACUAAUCAAAAAUAUCCAAUGAUUUUGCCUCCACAGCCGUCUAUGGCAAUGAAUUCCACAGAUUCGCCACCCUCUGGCUGAAGAAGUGGCUAAAUUACAAUAAUCUGUGGCAAUAGCAGAGAAUGACAUUUGGCAAUGUCACGCUGCAGCUAAAUAUGUUUCAGCAUAAAAUUGAAUUGAUUGAAAGAUACAGCACGGAAACAGUCCCUUCGGCCCACCAAGUCCACACUGACCACCCGCCGAUGACUAAUAAAAU